AUGAAAUAUCUGAUCGUACUUAGUUUGAUCGCAGCCGCCACCGCUGCCCCGGGUUUGUUGGGUUUGGGUCAUGGAUCAUAUGCAGCGCCAGCGCUGAGCUUAGGGAGCUUAGGUCAUGGACCAGCUAUAAGUUACGCCGCUCCCGCUGUUAGUAUUGCUCAGUCCGCCCCAUCCAUCAGUUACGCAGCGCCAUCCAUCAGCCUUGCUGCAGCACCCGUAGUAUCUGCACCUGCUGUAGUAUCCGCACCUACUGUAGUAUCCGCACCUACUGUAGUAUCCGCACCUGCUGUAGUCGCCGCACCGACCAUCGUGAAAGCAGCCCCAGCCGCCACCAGCUACUCCACCUUCAGUCAGGUUAUUCAGCAUUCCGCUCCAGCUGUCGUUAAGGUCGCCGCUGCUGCACCAGUUGCCGUAGCGGCUCCAGCACCAAUUGCCGUAGCAGCUCCAGCACCAGUUGCCGUAGCGGCUCCAGCACCAGUUGCAGUAGCAGCUCCCGCCAUUUCUUAUGCUGCACCCGCUCCCACUAUUUCAUUGGCCGCUGCCGCACCAGCCAUCUCGUAUGCCGCACCGGCUCCAGCUAUUUCGUACGCCGCAGCUGCUCCAUCCAUUUCAUUGGCCGCAGCUGCCCCAGCCAUCUCAUAUGCCGCACCCGCUCCAUCCAUUUCAUUGGCCGCAGCCGCUCCAUCCAUUUCAUAUGCUGCAACCGCCCCAGCCAUUUCGUACACCGCAGCCGCUCCUUCAAUUUCUUAUGCUGCAGCCGCUCCUGCCAUCUCAUACUCUGCACCCGCCAUUAAAUUAGCCGCCCCUUCGAUCUCCUACGCUGCAGCUGCCCCAUCCAUCGUGAAGUAUGCUGCUCCAGCCAUCAGCUACGGAGGCGGUCUCAGUUUAGGCCAUGGCUACCAUUAAAUGAAUUACAACCGAAGUGCAGCCAAAAAGAAAAGGAUAUAUGAUUAUAGCAAGAACCCGAAGGCGAGACCAAACCAUGAUCAGGUGGGAUAGUGGAACAGGAGAAAAAAUGCAAAACGCAUUGAUAUUUAAUAAAAAAUUAAUCUAACAGCCACAUAAGUUGCAUGAUCGCAUGCUCAAAAUGGCAUAACUGAGGAAUGUGGCGCAAAUUAACACG